CGGAUAUAGUGAAUGCGGGGUCCGGGGAGAGCGGAUAUAGUGAAUGCGGGGUCUGGGGAGAGCGGAUAUAGGGAGAGCGGAUAUAGUGAAUGCGGGGUCCGGGGAGAGCGGAUAUAGUGAAUGCGGGGUCCCGGGGGAGAGCGGAUAUAGUGAAUGCGGGUCCGGGGAGAGCGGAUGCGGUGAAUGCGGGGUCCGGGGAGAGCGGAUGCGGUGAAUGCCGGGUCCGGGGAGAGCGGAUGCGGUGAAUGCCGGGUCCGGGGAGAGCGGAUGCGGUGAAUGCCGGGUCCGGGGAGAGCGGAUGCGGGUGAAUGCCGGGUCCGGGAGAGCGGAUGCGGGGGGGAAUGCCGGGUCCGGGGAGAGCGGAUGCGGGGGGAAUGCCGGGUCCGGGGAGAGCGGGGAUGCGGGGGAAUGCCGGGUCCGGGGAGAGCGGAUGCGGGGGAAUGCCGGGUCCGGGGGAGAGCGGGCGGGGAAUGCCGGGUCCGGG